CCGCUAACAAUCUCUCUUUUCGAGAACUUUGUUGUGAGAAUUUAAAAAUAUUCUAUGAACGGUAAUGCCAAACUCGCUACGUAGUGCUUAAUAGGGGACACAUAUAGUAGAAAGACUAAUGCUGCUUGUAGUGUACUUCCUAUGACACCUGUAGUCCCCAGAAGGGCACACAUUUGGCUUUAAUAGGUAACAUUCCACACUUGUCUGUUCACACGGCCUCCCAUGGGACAGAACAUCUUUAAGUUAUAAAAUCCAGUUGAAAUGACAUCUGUAAUCACCAGAAGGGCACACAUUUGGGAUUUAUUGGGUAGCAUUCUACAUUUAUCGGUUCACAAGGCCUCCCAUGAGAGAGAGAACAUCUUUAAGUUAGAAAAUCCUGUUAAAAUUAAAAUUUCAUCGCAUAUAGUAGGAGUUGACUUUUCUUUUUCACUCCUUAAUGAGUAUUAUCCUUCGACGAUAGUUUGCUAUUACGAAAGAAUCCUAAAAUCUUCACUCCUAUUCUGCAUUUCGAUUACGUAUACGCAUUCUGUUACGUAACGGUCGAAAAAAGGUAUUCCAACAAAAAACUGAUUCGUAAGAAAAAGAAGAAGCAAUUCCAUUUCGUUUCAAUGCUUUACGAACCUGUGUAUUCUGCGUUACGAUCGUACCUACGUUUUUGUAAGAUGUUGUUUAUGUGGCGGAGAGUCGAAUCGAAAUGCAGAAUACCAAAGUUGACAAACGGAGAAAAUUUCGAUUCGAAUUCAAAUGCAGAAUAGCGACCCUUAGCUUCAUUAUACGAUUAGUUCGAAGAUAUCUAACAAAAACAAACUGAUGUUAUCUAUGUUAUAUCGUCGGUUGAAAUGAACCCGUUCAGUUUCUGCUAGAUUUAUAGCGAUUCCUUUAAACUUUGUUCAUGUUGAGAAUCAUGACUAAUCGUGCAAAUCAAUGAUUGUAACAAUCGAAUGUUCUCUGAAAGCACAUAAUUUGUUAUUGUUUUUGUAAUAUUCCAACAACAUUGACAACAUUGUAUUCCUUAACUUUAGUAUCCUAGCAACUUGUACUUAAAUUUAAUUAAAAAAUGGCCACAACAAGUGGCUAAUAUACUAACAUACUAAACAUUCUAGCGAAAAUAAAUAAGAUUUAAACCUUUAACCAAAAAAUGGAAACCAUAGAACCAUUCAGUUUAUUGUGGGAGGAUAAAGAAAUCAAAUUUGAUACCGCCCAUGUUCAAAAACGUCUACGUAAUGGUGAAAAAGUAUUAUCCACUAUUUAUUAUAUUGAGGAUACUAAAGGAAAUCCCGGAGAUUCGGGACGUUUAUUGGCAACAAAUUUGCGUUUGAUUUGGUAUUCUUUGGUCCAUAAAAAGUUUAAUCUUUCCAUUGGUUAUGGUCGUAUUGCCAAUAUGAAUACCAAAACUGUAACGAAUAAAAGCCGAGGAAAUUGUUUGGCUUUAUAUAUUUUAGCUAUAGGAGGCAGCACAAGAUUUGAGUUUCUUUUUACGGACGUAUCAGGGGAAACGGAGCGAAAACAUAAACCUAUAUUCCAAAGUGUUUUCGAUAUAUAUCACUUAUAUCAACGCACCUAUUUGUAUCGCGAUUUAAAGUUACGUGGUGCCAUUUUACAAUCGGGUCAAUUGAUUAUUUUACCCCAAGAACAGGUAUUCAAUAAAGUCGAAGGUGUUUGGAAUCUAUCAAGUGAUCAAGGUAAUUUAGGUUGUUUUGUGGUCAGCAAUAUACGUAUCGUUUGGUAUGCUGAUGCCAAUGAGACUUUCAAUAUAAGUUUACCCUAUAUGCAAAUAGCUAAUAUACGCAUACGAGAAUCUAAAUAUGGUCCAGCUUUAGUAAUACAAACCGCUGAAACCGGUGGUGGUUAUGUUUUAGGUUUUCGCAUUGAUCCUCCCGAACGUUUAACGGAAAUUUUCCAAGAACUUAUUUCUUUACAUUCGGUUUUUACGGAAAAUCCUAAUUUUGGUAUUGCCUAUGAAAGUUCAGAAUUGGAAAAACAAAAUGUCUCGGCAAAUGCUCAACGUAAAGAGAUACGCAUUGAGGAAUUUCAAGAGAUCGAUGAACGUCAGGAGAAAGAAAUCAAUUCUAAAUUAAAUACUUAUUUGGCAGAGGGUAGUUUGUCGGUGGGUGAGGAGAAACCACCGCGUGAACCGGUCUAUUGUAAGGAAUUGGGUUUUGCUAUGGAACGUAUACGUGAUGGUUAUAAGCUGAAAGAUUUAUGGGAUGUUUUGCCGCAGCAAAUGAUAUUGGUGGAAGAGGAAUGAAUGAUUUAUUAAAGAAGA